AUGGUUAGUUCCGCCGACAAGGCCGCUCAUCUCCGUAUGACGCUGUUUGGAGUGCGCACGUCUAACGGACAGUGUCUCACGGGUGGACAGGCAGACAGACAGGUAGACACCACUUUGCUGAGACCUCCAUACUCGGUUCCGCUUGCGUGGGAGGUUAACACAAAUCUCAGGCUAUGGUCCCUCUGCCCAUUGUCGUCACAAGAAUUCCGCAAUGUUUUGCGUGUCAUCUGGGUACCGGUCGCUGUACUCGGUGGCUCCGGACACGGAAGUGUGAAGGACGGUGCUGAGGACUACCGUUGUUGGAAAUAUCAGACAAACACUUGCGGUAUAAUAAUUACAGUCCACAACGCCUCAGCAGGCAAGAGACGGCAGCACCUAGAAGUACAAAGCGAUGGCCGAGGUGAGUUCAGAAAUGCCCGUAGAAAUGCGGUACAGUUAGACUGCCGUGCAGUAGAUCCUCGACACCAGCAGCAAUACGGUACGCUUCCUGCCGGGUGCGUGUGGAUCGAGAAUCCAGGGUUCCCGAAACCAAUUGUGGACUCUGGCGGACUCAGUCAUGCCUGUGGCCUCCGUUGUUUCCCAGUUCGACGACCCCUCCCAGAGGAUCAUCCUCACGGAUCUGAUCGAAUAUCGCCGAAGACACAAAAACCAAUCCCCAAACCGUCAACCGUGGCGUACCUGACCACACACCAAUCAAAACAUUUGGAUGGUGUGAGCGAUUUUCGGGUGAAGAGUGAACCAGCGGAGGUGGAGGUAUCAGGAAGCGGAGGAGGCAGCGCGGUCGGGUCGGACACGACACAGGAGGGUGCAGAGACAGCUGCGGCGACAGGGACUGGGAUGGCUGCGACGGGCGCUGCAGCGUCGGGGACAGGAGUCGACGCCGAGGAGGUGACUGACAGAGAUGCGUUGUUCCAGGCGCCUAGAGAACUGGCCAAUGAUUCCAGGGAAGCGCUCUCCCACGACGGCAGUGAGCACAGUUCGGAACGAAAACUCUUUGGCUUAUUCAGGCCUCUAAAAGAUGAUCCAGAUAGUCACAAUAGACUCUAUGAAAAGAGGAGUAAUUUUUUCACCGCACUGAGAGAUUGCCGUUGUCCUGAAUGUGAUCAGUACCGGAGUGAAAGCGGGCCUCACAUGCUUCAUCCACCACGGAGAAUCUUCUCCGUUCACAACGUAAUGGUGGAGUCGAUCGGUUACGUUUGGAGACAGAAUCGGUAUCGAUUCGGCCCGCGCCUGGGCUCACUGGGCUCAGCGGACCGUCCGUCCGUCGCCCCAGCCCCGAGUUGGGCUCACAAGUGGGCCGUUGCGCAGCUGACGCAGGUGGUCUACGUAGGAGAUGGCUACGUGCCUGUCAGCACACAACUACGCUCCAGACCCAUCUCUUCAGAUCCUCUGCUGAUAGACUGGAGGCUACAGACAGUCGAGGGCUGGGACGCUCGCAGGCACGGCAACAACAAGACAAGAGUACAGCACAUAGAAGCUGAGUGCCAGGACGACUACAUGAAGAUUCGGAUAGGCUUCAACGGUUCAUUCGGCGGUCUGUUGUACUCUUCAGGGUACUCCUACGAUCCUGACUGCGUCUACAUCAACGGCACGGGUCGUGACUACUACGAAUUCUAUAUCCAGCUUAAUCGCUGCGGAACCCUGGGGAAAAACUCCAGGCAAGAGGACGCCCGGAAAAACCCCGCAAAGAACCUGAUGUGGAACACGGUGACAGUUCAGUACAACCCCCUGAUAGAAGAGGAAUGGGAUGAACACUUCAAGGUUACCUGUGAAUACGGUUAUGACUUCUGGAAAACCGUUACUUUUCCUUUCCUCGACGUGGAAGUGGCUACAGGUAACCCUGUGGUGUUCACCCUCUCUCCACCCGAGUGCUACAUGGAGAUCCGGUACGGCUACGGGACUUCCGGAAACAGAGUGGGGGGUCCGGUCCGAGUCGGGGACCCUCUCACUCUCAUCAUUUACAUGCGAAGCAAAUACGAUGGAUUCGACAUCGUAGUAAACGACUGCUAUGCUCACAAUGGUGCCAACAAAAGAAUUCAGCUUAUUGAUCAAUACGGUUGCCCGGUAGACGACAAGCUGAUCAGUAGGUUCCGGGGGUCUUGGAGUGAGAGCGGGGUGUUCGAGACGCAAGUAUUCGCGUACAUGAAGACCUUCCGCUUCACUGGGUCCCCGGCACUCUACAUAGAGUGCGACGUACGCAUGUGUCAUGGCCGCUGCCCGAGUCAGCCGUGCCAUUGGCGGAACGCAAAGACGGUGGCGAAGCGGUCUGCACCGGAUGCGCAACCCACCACAAGCUCUCAAGUUCCUCUGUCCCAGAACAUCAAUCUCUUCCAGAGCCUGCGGGUGUUACAGGAGGGAGAAGGCGCGGAACAGGCGGCCUCACUCAACAGUACAUACAAUGGGGACUCUGCCAACUCGCUAUGUGUGAGGUCAGGUCUGCUGGCUACUCUGCUAGCUCUGAUGUCCACCAUCUUCUGCGUCAUGGGUCUGUCGCUCACAGUCAUGUGUUGUCGGGCUCGUAGACUCGCCAAGGUGGUCGUUGACGAACCCACCAUCAGCCAUCUCUCCUCGCCACCCAGAUGUUUCCUCAAUUGAGUGAAACAGUGCAUGCAUGGACGAUAUUUAUUUAAUAAUGCUUAGUUGUAAAUUUUUAUUUAUCGCCUAACUUAUUGUUUAAUAUCAACAAAUUUGUGUUGAAUUUAGGCUCAUAACAUAAGAAGGACAGUUUUAGUGCAGUUUAACUUAUACUGUAUUAAUCGUCUAUAUAAAAAGAUUAGCGAAUAAACCGGACCAAAAUGACCUUUUAUGAACUAGGCUUCGUUUUAAUUUAACUCGUAUAGUUGCUGUUGUGGUGGGUUGAGAGAUCAAGUACUGGCCGAAGAGAAAGGGAUUGAGUAAAUCCUUGCCAAAUGCUCUAAUUUCAUGAAUAACACAACGUAGUCAAUCUGCACUAUGAAAUAAACUUCACCCCAUAGCUAUUACGACUACUCAAUAACGAGUUUACAGUUUUUUCAGUUUGUUCCCUACACUUGGAUGUCUAGCAAAAUCAACAAGCGGUUAUACAUACACCCUUGAUAUUAGAGAAAUACUGGUUGGAGAAGUCGUGAUAAUUUUGAAAGUAAAUACUGCAGAUUGAUUAUUUGUGGCUACGAUUUUGUUAUCGUAUAGUUCUUCGGGCAGUACAUCAUUUGGUAUAUAGAUAUCGUAAGCGAAAUUUCUUGCGUUUAUUAGGUAUCUUUCAGGGCAUCUCCGCAUCAUUUCAUGAAAAUUUAAAAAAUUUAAAACUUCACGUGUUUUCAGUGUUUCUCCUUACACAUUUUUCUGAGUUUAUUUUACUUGACUCAGGAUAGAGUUAUUUUUAUCUCUUGAAUCCGAUUUUACAGAAUCACGUAUCCAUUACAACACAAGAAAUAUUUAUUACGCAAUACCUACAUUCUUAAUUUUAUUGUUAUAAAUACUUUUUUAAUAUAUAAAAAUCUCGUCAGAAAGAUAAAUCUAUAAUUUUGCAUAGUCAAGAAAAUAGAAGCUAUGGUUACGUAAUGGCCUGUAUUGAAAGCAUUUUAAAAUUGAUACAGGACAAUUUGCAACAUUGCAAGGGCAUGUUUUUCCACAACAGAGAUAUGAAAACUAGAGAUUCUGUAGUCUUUUCAAUCGCCUCCUAUUUUUCAAAUAAUGAUACGGAACAUGUAUUUCUUGAGGGUAGUGGUGGUUUUUAUGUUAAACGUACUGGUAGUUGCAAUAAAAAGCAUAUUACAUACAUAGUUUGCCUCUUCAACAUUUAACUAAGAUACAAACCUUUCAAUGGGUUAAAUAUCAAUGUAGGCUUAGAUUUCUUAAAACAAACAAAUACAAUCAUCUCGUGUUCACUGAAAUACAUGGUAAACUUUCGAAAAAAUGUUCCAAAAAAUAUGGGCUUUUUGAAUAAAAAUUAAAGAGGGUCGGAGCACUCCCUUUUGGAUAUGAACUUUCCAAAAUAACGAGUAACCCACAGGUCGGUGCUAUUGAAUUAAAACUAGUACUUAAGUUUCGAUUUUGUCUUUUUUUAAUGAAUUACGUAUGAAUGUGUAAAGUUCUACUCGUGGAUUAUCUGAGACUGAUUUGUUAUAGACUUGUAACAGAACUCAAUCUUUGGAAUAAGCAGCACUAUACACCCGCAUUGCACCUAAAAAUAUGACCUAUAAUCAGCUGUUCCAUACAAACAGUUGUUUAAAUGCAUUUUAUUGUGAUUACUCUAUAGUAAUGGUGAUUUAAAUCAGUAUCAGUUUCUAGAAUUUAUAAUAUUUAGCAGUAAAGGACAUAAACUGAUUCCUAUGAUUUGUUCACUGAUAAUAUUGUAACCUAUUCAACUUUUUUGUUGAAAAGCAAACAAAUAUUUUUGUUUGCUUGAUUUAGUAUGUUCCAUUCAGUGUUCCAUAAGUACCUAUCUGAAGAAUGGUACCAUGUACUACGAUUGUUUCGUGAGGAACAUAGAUUAUCCGUCUAGAAACGCAGUGUUUCUUUUUUACAACACCUACCGGCUAUAUUACUUCAUUUGUCAAUAAAUAUAGACCAUUCAACACUACCAAGUAACAGCUGCGGUGGAUAAACAAAAGUGAAUUACAAGCCACAUUUUAUAUGAGUAAAAUAUUGCCGUACACAAACAACAAAAACAACAAACAAUCUUCUCAUUCAAUCUCAUAAACAUAUGUAACAAGUUUGAUGAAGUAAAACCAUUUAAGUAGUAUCCACAUAGAAAGAAAUUAGUCAUAUACGAAUAUAGCUAUCACAGAGGCUAAGACAUGAAGAUGUGUGUAAAAAUAGUGAAUACACGUAAUACAAAUUAUGCUGUCAUCUAGAUAUAGUGGUUUGUUUCGAUUUAACAUCUUGUUUACUGAUGAUGGUACUCUACAGAGAGGCCGAAAUGUUUUAA